AUGCCCACCCCCUUCACCAAAGCCAUGGCCCUCAUCGACGCCGCCCACGCCCAAGAUCCGCGCCGCAUACCCAUUCCCAAAUCCACCACCACCGAGCAACCCGCGCAGCACCAAAACCAACCUACAGAAGAAAAAGAAGGAGAAGAAACAAUCCCCUACGAACUGCACUACGCCCAACAAAUGACUCACUAUCUCACUCUUCACACAUCUGGUCCCUCAUCCACUCUUCCAUCUGAACCCCUCUCCCUGGCCAUCCGCGCCCAACAUCUUCGUCGCUGGGAAAUUCCCCGGAAUACGUAUCCCAUGACGAAAGGGGGCUAUCAUGCCUGGCGAACUUCUCUCCAACGUCAUCAGGCGUCGAUAGCGGAACAGAUCUGUCUCGAGGCUGGGUAUAAUGAGUCCUCUGCGGCGCGGGUCGCGGCGUUAGUGCGCAAGGAGGAUUUGAAGGGGGCCGAUGCGGAUCCGGAGACGCAGGUUCUGGAGGAUGUGGCGUGUCUUGUGUUUUUGGAUGAUCAGUUGGAGGGGUUUGCGGGGGAGAAAGGGAAGGAGUAUGGCGAGGAGAAGAUGUUGGGGAUUUUGAGGAAGACGUGGGCGAAGAUGUCGGAGCGGGGGAGGGAGUUGGCGUUGCAGGUUGAGAUUGAGGAUCAGGGGGUGAGGGAGUUGGUGGGGAGGGCUGUCGCGGGGAAUUAG